AUGAAGAUGAGGAGCCUCUCCUCCUUUUACGUCUCUCUGUGGUUGCUGUUCGCAGCAGUGAUACUCAAAGCUGUAGAAUCAGCCAAAGGAAAAUAUGCUCACAUGCUGUUUAAUGAACUGUUUGAAGACUACUCCAAUGCUCUGAGACCAGUGGAAGACACAGAUAAAGUUCUGAAUGUCACCCUUCAGAUCACGUUGUCCCAAAUUAAAGACAUGGAUGAAAGGAACCAAAUUUUGUCAGCUUACUUAUGGAUUCGACAAAGCUGGUAUGAUGCAUACCUCAGAUGGGACAAAGACAAAUAUGAUGGGCUGGAUUCUAUCAGGAUCCCAAGCAAUUUGGUUUGGAGACCAGAUAUUGUCCUAUACAACAAGGCUGAUGAUGACUUUUCAGAACCAGUAAAUACUAAUGUAGUGCUGAGAUAUGACGGAAAAAUCACUUGGGAUGCACCUGCUAUCACAAAGAGCUCUUGUGUAGUGGAUGUGUCUUAUUUUCCUUUUGACAGCCAGCAGUGCAACCUCACCUUUGGGUCCUGGACCUAUAAUGGUAAUCAGGUAGACCUCAUCAAUUCUCUUGAUAGUGGUGACCUCUCUGACUUCAUAGAAGAUGUGGAAUGGGAGAUUCAUGGUAUGCCAGCAGUUAAGAAUGUUAUCACUUAUGGCUGCUGCUCUGAGCCUUAUCCAGAUGUGACCUUCACGCUGAUUUUGAAAAGGAAGUCCUCUUUCUACAUAUUUAACCUGUUGCUUCCCUGCAUUUUGAUAUCUUUCCUGGCCCCGCUGGGAUUCUAUCUCCCUGCAGACUCUGGUGAGAAAGUGUCUCUGGGUGUUACAGUUCUUCUUGCUCUGACCGUGUUCCAGCUGAUGGUUGCAGAGAUCAUGCCCCCAUCUGAAAAUGUACCUUUGAUAGGGAAGUACUACAUAGCAACUAUGACCAUGAUCACAGCUUCCACUGCAUUGACAAUCAUUAUAAUGAAUCUCCAUCAUUGUGGCUCAGAAGCAAAGCCUGUUCCACAGUGGGCCAAAGUGGUUAUUUUGGACUAUAUGUCAAAAAUCUUUUUUGUUUAUGAUGUGGGUGAAAAUUGCACAAGUCCAAAAAGAGAGAAGGAAGAAGAAUGUAGGUUAGAGGGGGAUGAUGGGUGUCAGAGGAGGCACAAAGAAGUGAGGAGUCCUCUUUCCACUAGGAAUGACGACUGCAAUCUCAAGGAGAAGCUCAAUGGAAAUUGGAAUAAAAGCUAUGGAGUUAAUGGUGAAAAUGUUAGGGAGACUGUUAAUUGCUGUUCUUGUUACAAAAUGCUGAUUAAAAAUAUUGAGUAUAUUGCUAAUUGUGUUAGAGACCAUAAAGCAAACCGGGCCAAAGGAAUUGAGUGGAAAAAAGUUGCAAAAGUGAUGGACAGGUUUUUCAUGUGGAUUUUCUUUAUCAUGGUGUUUUUUAUGAGUGUGCUGAUCAUUGGGAAAGCUGCUUAA